AUGUUUUUGGGGGUUUGUAGACCGAACACCCGGAGGGAGUACAGUACCAGAAAGGGCAAAUGCAAAAAACCCGAAGCAAAAGGCGAAAAGGGACGCUCUCGUAGUUCGUUCGGUAGCGAGCGGGCGGGCCCCACCGCGACCAGGGACGACUCCCAACGGAAAGCGUCGAUCGACGAACCGAGCGAGGCAGAUGGAAGAGACAAGCGACGAACGCCGGGCCGCCCUCGGAGUCGCAAAGAGCGGAGGGAGGGAGGGAGGGACGGAGUCGCUGGCCCCGCGACUCCGUCCCUUACGGAAGACUCGGUCGUCCCCACGGAGCGAGCGAGCCAGCGCGCGCGCGGGCGGGCGGAUGGGAUCGGUUUCAGCAGCAGCAGAAGAAGGAAGGAAGGAAGGAAGGAAGAAGAAGAAGAAGCAGCUCCGUCCGGCGCGAGGACGGAGCGAGCGCGUGGAGAGACGAUGGAAGGCAGUCUUGGCGACGAAGACGAGGACGAAGGCGCGCGACAGGACAAGAUGCAGCGGCAGCGGGCGCAAGAGGAGGAGGAGGAGGAGGUCGGGGGGCGUCGGUAG